CCUUUAUCAGCACAGCCCGGGCACUGCUGGUGCAGGGACGGUGCCUCCUGCCCCCUGCGUGCACCCCUGGAGAUGCGUCUGCGUGGGGCCGUGCUGGCCCUGUGCUGUGUGGCAGCUGCGGCCUGGCUGCAGGUGUCGGUGGGCCCCUCGCCGGUGUGGGCGCGCCCCGGGCAGCGCGUGGUGCUGGAGUGCCUCAUUGGGGCCGACUACCCGCCCCUGGAGCUGGAGCUGGAGCAGCUGCAGGUGUGCUGGCGGCACGAGGGGCGCACCGUGCUGGAGUUCACCGGGGCGGUGCGGGCGGCGCGGGCGGGACUCAGCCUGGCAGAGGACGAGGUGAGGAACGGGAACGUCUCGCUGGUGCUGCAGAACGUCACCGCCAGCGACAGCGGGGAGUGGACCUGCUACAUCCUCUACCCGCCUGACCAGGCCCAGGGCAGCCUCACCCUGCGCGUGGCAGACCCAACGGUGCCCCCUGACGCCUGCCCCCUGGGUGGGGGUGCCCCACGGCUGCGGCAGCUGGAGGAGGUGAUCGGGGGCUGCAUCCGCUCAGCCAGCGAGCUUCAGCGGCACCUGGCCCAGCUGGUUGCUGAGGUGAAGGAGUGUCUGGGCAGCCCGGAGGCCGAGGAGAGCCCAGCCCGGGCACAGGCUGAGAGCGCCAGCCAGACAGCACAGCCAUGAAUCCUCGGUCGUCCGCCCAGCGCCCGCUGGGCUCGCAGUGUCCCCAACACCCACAUCACAGCAACGGGGCUGGGGUCCCUGAGGAUGGACGGGGACACCCACGUCACAGCAACGGGGCUGGGGUCCCCGGGGAUGGACGGGGACACCCACGUCACAGCAAUAGCUUCGCUUCUGCAGGGCGUGACCGCAAAUCCGGGAGGCCGGGAUCCUGCGCGGAAAUGGGGAUACAGGCCCUGUCUCCCCUAAGGGGCUAAGGGCCGUGUCGAACCACUGGGGCCACCAGGGGCAGGGUGUCAGAUGGGGGAGGCCGGCUGGGUACAGGGGCUGACGGCUGGGCACCCACAGGGGGUCUAUUUGCCUGCUCUUCUGGCUGUGCCGCUGGGAGACCCUGGGUAGUGAGCUCGGCGGGGACAGUGGGGGUGGGGGGCGUCCAUGGGGGGCUGUUAUUUGGCAUGUCACGAGGGGGCUGCGCGGCAUGUGAUCAGCUCCCAGCGUGGUGCCAGCUGCAGAGCAUGGAUAAGGAAUAAAAUGCUUGUCCCGCA